AUCUUCUUCGCUGUAUACCAUAAUACAUAUUCGUACAUGUUUUCUUGCGCGACCCAUUUGAUUCCUUUUCUCUCUUCAUGAAUGUUUGUUGCAUAUCGUACUAUACACUCCUGUGUGCAGACAACGACAUCAAAGAAGACGAACGAGUGAGAGUGAAAAGUCCCUCUUUUCUCAGUAUUAAUCCGUGCCAGCGUUCCACGCACACCGAAUCCUGAAAGUGGAAGGUUCAGGCCACGAUGAAUGACACCGAGGUGAUUGUGCGCUACCUCUACUUGGGUAGCGAUCAGCCAUUCUAUAUUCAAAAAAAUCGACCGCUCGAUAUCAAGGAAGGAUGUCGCAUCCUGGCUCCGAUUCAGACAUUGGCGGCAGCGAUUACUAGCGCUGACGAUCCAGAUACUAAAAAGCUGGCGGACAGUGUGACGCUUACGGAACAUCCGGUCGACAUGGUAGCUAGGGUCAUGAAAAGCGGAGCCCUGGUGCGAAACGACGAGUGUCUUUUUACGUUAGCCUUCCUAGCUCGAACUUUCAAUAAACCGGAGGAAAAACAUAAGGUGUACGAAAUGGUUCCACAACUCAUCGGCAGCUCUAAGGAUCUCUUUCAGUUUGUGUACUUUUACCAGGAAUUGUCUCCGAAACCUGGUGGUGGAUUCGGUAAUGGUAUGAGGACAGCUCUCACCAAAUGGUACGACAAACAUUCCGCUGAACAACUGGCGAUGCUAUUUGCAAUGGAUCGCGGCUGGUUCAACUGGUGCCACAAGGAUAUUUUAGCGAUGGUUCAUAUGAAUCUGGAAGACGUAGCUAAGAUGCAAGUUGUUGAUGCGGCUCUUGGAGGGAUAGGACGAAAACACCCGCCUAAGUCUAAAAAGAACAAUAAUUCCGAAAAAGCAGAAUCGGAUACUAAGCCGGAAAUUCAGCAGGAAGACAGUAAGGCGUUGAAAAUCUAUCGUCGCAUAAAGAAAUUUAAGACCGUUCAAGUCGCUUCGGAAGCAUGCACUCAAAUAAGUUCUCAUCAGUAUUCGAUUCAUGUGGUUCCUUCUCAGCUGCAUCGUUCUCCGGCAGUGUGGGAGGCUUUAUUUCCGCACAUGGCUUAUCGAGAUAUUGUUCAAGCGGCACUUGUUUUGCAGGACUAUAAAUUGUUGAAGGAUAAUGACACCCAAUUAUCAGAAGCCUACGGUAAUGUACUGAAUAGAGUGACGGCGGUUUCCGAGUCGAAAAUUCAUCCCAUCUACGUCUAUCAAAUUAUGCGCCUGUUUGAGGAACGCCAGCGUUAUCUUAACGUAGUCAAAGAAGCUGUUCAUACGGCCAACAAUUUGGCUCUGAAGAAUGCCAUUGCAAAUCCGACAGUGCUCAGACAAUUCUACAACGUUUUGAAUUAUUCAAUGCUAAACUAUCAACGUACAGGGCUUAAUUUUCUUGUCACGCUUGACUUAAGAUCGAAACAAACAAAAAAGCGCGUAUUCGGCAACCGGCUGAUGUCGACACAGGCAGCGUUCGUACUGUUGGCCCUACCCAUGUUCAAGCGUGAAACCCAUAUGCAAGUUCUGACUUUCACUGAAGCACCCCAAGAGCUCGCCAAUGUUGACUUCACUCGGGAGAUGUCUUUCUUUCAGGGCUGCGAUUACAUUCAGUCAAUUGCAAAGAAAAAGACCAAGGUCGACAUCACCCAACCGAUACAGUAUGCUCGACAAACUAAGAAGAAGGUGGACGUUUUUAUAACAAUCGUUGACUCGUUGAUCCGAGUCAAUCCACAGCGACAUUCACCGGUGGUAGCACUGAACAAUUACAACACCGAAACGAAGAGAGGCGCUCGAUACAUCAUAGUUAGCUUGAGUCGUAAUAAGCAGGACCUGUACCACAAGGAUAUGACCGCCACUAAAGGAGUGCUGGAGCUGGUUGGUUGUACCGAGGACACACCGAAGCUAAUCGAUGCCUAUGUAAAAAGCAAAUUUACAUAAGCGACACGUACCGUCGCUUUAACAAGCGAAUUGUUCUUUGAAUUUAUGGAGUAUGAUAAUAUCAGUGAUAGUGGAUGAAA